AUGGUCAUGUUGACUAGUCACCAGCAGCCACUCCAUGGGUCAAGGUCGGCCAGUGAGACAGUGGGGGAUAAGCUUCAUCGUCGAAAGGAAAACAACCCGGAUCACCAGCUAAGGCCCCUAAAUGAUCCCGCAACAGUAUCGGUGGCUGAACUGCAACUGCUAGCACUCGCCGGACUCCGACUGCUGCCCGGCCGCCGCCGCUGGCAGCACCCGCUUCCUCUUCUUCUUCUCGUAGCUGACCCCUCUGGCCCGGGACUGCAGGUCCCGCACCUCCCGCAGGUACAGCCUCACCGCGCGGGCCCCGAACGGGUUCGACUCGGGCGGGCCGCCCCCGUUUUCCUCAUAGGCGGCCCGGAGUCGGCCCACGAGGGCGUCGAGGCUGCCCCACGCCUGCCUGAGCGGACAGGGGCAGGGCGCUGGCGGGUCGGGCUGGCCGAAAAACGGGCAGCCGGGCACGUGGACCUUGGUCUUCCCGAACUGGUCGAGGUAGCGGAGGAACUCGAGCACGUGGGCCCCACUGCAGCGGCCGAGGUCGAGGGGCGGCCGGUGGUUGCGGAGGUACUGCCCGAACGUGUUCCAGUCACGCCGCUUUUGGCUUUCGUACCGGCUUGGGGCGGCGGCCCCCGGCCGUCGGAUUUUCGGAUCAAUUGUUGUUGGAUCAAGGUUGAUUGA